AUGAAGGCGAAGGUACAAAGAAAGGCGAAGGUACAAAUGAAGGCGAAGGUACAAAGAAAGGCGAAGGUACUAAGAAAGGCGAAGGUACAAAGAAAGGCGAAGGUACAAAGAAAGGCGAAGGUACAAAGGAAGGCGAAGGUACAAAUGAAGGCGAAGGUACAAAUGAAGGCGAAGGUACAAAGAAAGGCGGAGGUACAAAGGAAGGCGAAGGUACAAAGAAAGGCGAAGGUACAAAGGAAAGGCGAAGAUACAAAGAAAGGCGAAGGUACAAAGAAAGGCGAAGGUACAAAGGAAGGCGAAGGUACAAAAGGCGAGAAAGAAGGCGAAGGUAACAAAGAAGGCGAAGGUACAAAGAAGGCGAAGUACAAAGAAGGCGAAGGUACAAAAGCGAGAGUACAAAAAGGCGAAGGUAAAAGGAAGGUAAGGAAACGAAUAAAAGGCGAAGGUACAAAGGAAGGCGAAGGUACAAAGGAAGGUGAAGGUACAAAGGAAGGCGAAGGUACAAAGAAAGGCGAAGGUACAAAGGAAGGUGAAGGUACAAAUAAAGGCGAAGGUACAAAGGAAGGCGAAGGUACAAAGGAAGGCGUAGGUACAAAGGAAAGCGAAGGUACAAAGGAAGGCGUAGGUACAAAAAAGGCGAAGGUAACAAUGAAGGCGAAGCUACAAAGGAAGGUGAAUGUACAAAGGAAGGUGAAGGUACAAAGAAAGGCGAAGGUACAUAGGAAGGUGAAGGUGCAAAGGAAGGUGAAUGUACAAAGGAAAGCGAAGGUACAAACAAAGGCGUAG